AUGAGUCCAACUCUGCAGGCCACAGAUGGCCAACAUUUUACCGAGAGGAUGGGCCACGAUGGCUCAGUGGCCAUGGCCGAGGUGAUCUCCGACAAGGGCGACAAGGGCGCAGCGAGAGGCGACGAUGAUAUCACGGCGACCCAGAAGAUGCUGUCGGCAAUGUCCGGCAGUCUCCUGACAUCUCUGCUCGUCACCCCUCUCGACGUUGUCCGAGUCCGAUGGCAGUCGCAGCCAGUGUCGGCGCGCGCACCGAUCGAUUUCUCCAAACUCGCCCUGACGACUACCCACCUAAACCCCAUACCAUCCGCCAACCUCGGUGUUGCCGCGUGCUGCCGAGAAGUCUUCUUCAUGAACAACAACGCCGAGUUCUGCCUCGCCAUGCCGCAGAAGCCCGCUGCCGGCGGCGCCGUGCUCACAGCCGCCGAAUGCGCUGCCGAGGAGGCAGAACGGAAAACUUUCAGUUCGACCCUCGACGGCAUGCGCAAGAUUGCGCGCCACGAGGGAAUCACCAGCCUCUGGAGAGGCCUCUCGCCGACGUUGGUCAUGGCUGUCCCAGCUAACAUCAUCUACUUCACCGGCUACGACUGGCUGCGCUUCAACCCCAAGAGCCCUCUCGCGCAGCGUCUCGGAGACGACUCGGCGCCUCUCGUUGCCGGUUCUGCCGCCAGAGCACUGGCCGGUACGGCCGUCGGACCGAUCGAGCUCUUUCGCACGCGACUGCAGGCAUCCGCUGGCUCGUCGACAACGAGCCACCUCACCAACACGUUCAAGUCGGUGCAGGAGAUGGUGCAGGUCAGCGGCUACCGCUCGCUGUGGAGAGGCCUCAGUCUGACCCUCUGGCGCGACAUGCCCUUCUCUGGACUUUACUGGUGGGGCUACGAGACGAUUCGUGGCCGUCUCACAGACAUGCGCGAGACGAAGCGAGGGCGGUCUCUCGAGGCCAGGGGCAGCCGAACACGCACGCGGCGUCGCUCGCAGAGCCGUGAGAACCACACGGACACUUUUGUCGACAGUUUUAUCGCCGGUGCCGUCUCAGGCGCUGCGGCCUCGAUCGUGACGAUGCCCUUUGAUGUGGGCAAGACGCGCACGCAGGUCUAUCGCGACGGCAGUUCGGCCGCUAAGAAUGUUGCCUCCAAGGCGGCCGUCCCGGAGGAGGGCAGCAUGACGCGGCUCCUUUGGCAUAUUUUCAAGACGGAGGGCGUGCCGGGCCUGUUUAGGGGCUGGAUACCGCGGACGCUGAAGAUUGCACCAGCGUGUGCCAUCAUGAUCAGCAGCUACGAGAUUGGCAAAAAGGUCUUUAGGGGUGCGAAUGCAGCAUCGCGAGACGAGCUCGAAGGAAAGUAG